AUGUUAACUUUGUGGUUCGCCUUCAACCCUACGCACAAACACAAACUCACAGUUGCAAUCGUUAAGAUAGUGGCAAGCUUUGAGACCACUAAGGCAGAGUUGGGUUACAAGUUCCGCCUUGGGUUGGAGAGCGCGUUAGCAGAGGCCGACUUCGUCCGUCUCCCCGACGUAACCCUGGUUCAAGCCUUUGUCAUCUUCCUCUGUCUCGCCCGUCGCCACGACAGCCCGAGGUAUGUCUGGAUGAUGACGGGCCUCGCCAUCCGGAUGGGGCACGCCAUCGGGCUGCACCGAGAUGGCUCUCAUUUCGACCAUCUGUCUCCCUACGAGGUGGAAAUUCGACGGAGGGUCUGGUGGUCGCUCUGCCUAGUGGACAUACGGGCGUCCGAGGACCAAGGAACGGAGUUCACCAUUGGCGACGGCUCGUUUGACACCAAGAUGCCCCUCAACGUCAACGAUGAGGAUCUUCGCCCAGGUAAGACGGACGCAAUAGUGGAGCGUCAAUACGACACUGAUAUGUCUUUCGCCUUGGGGUCGUUCCGGACAUGCCGCGUAACGAGACAGAUCAUGGCCGCGAAAAUUGCCGACGGCGGACCAGACGUGGAAAAGCAGAACCAGCUGCUGGACGCCUUUCGGGACGACAUUGAGAAAUGGGGUUUCAGUCACCACGUCAGGGAUUUCCAGACCAUGUCGUACUGGGUCGGCAUCACUGUGACGCACCUCGUCAUAUCCAAGCUGGCACUGUUCAUCCACCUCCCGGUGCUCUUCUCCUCGCCGAGCGAACUCUUCUCCGACGAGAACCGGAACAAAUUGCUUGUGGCCGCGAUCGAGGUUGCAGAGUUCAACCACGCCCUCAACGCCGAGGCUGCAAGUCGCCAGUGGCGCUGGAUCAUUGAGACCUACACCCACUGGCAUGCCAUCGUCUAUCUAUUGAUCGAGACGUCCCGCCGCCCAUGGUCGCCGGUCAUCGAGCGGGCCUGGGUCGCCCUGCACAGCAAGUGGCUGAUUCCAGCGCAAUUCAAAACGGAUAAUUGCCUGCACGUUUGGAUCCCUCUUCGCAAACUCAUGACCCGGGCUUCCCUGGGCCGUUUAAGGAAGGCAGCAGUGAGGCGCUUUUUGUUCGUCAUUGGGAAAGCCUCAUCCAAAAUCAAGCACCGCCCGGGAGCGGAGACCUGA